AUGUGGUACGAUGAUGGGACUGCCGUCUCAUCUGAUCAUGUCUUGCCACGUCACCACAAUCACGCCUUGCGCGCUCUUCGCAUCAAAAAAAAGUUGCGUACCUUGACCGACUUGCCCAGCGUCUAUAUAGCUCGGUCCAUCUCAGGUUCAGCUCAUACGAUGUCACUUAACCAGACACGCUCAACAGAGCCGCUCGGCGAAGGCAGGCAAGUCGGCGAGGGACACCCUGACAAAAUUUGCGAUCAAGUGUCGGAUGCAAUUCUGGAUGCUUGCCUGAAAGAUGAUCCUUGGUCAAAGGUCGCUUGCGAGACUGCCUGCAAGACUGGCAUGAUCAUGGUCUUUGGCGAGAUUACGACAAAGUCACCGCUCGACUACCAAAAGAUCAUCCGCGAUACGAUCAAGAACAUUGGCUAUGACGACUCUGAAAAGGGCUUCGACUACAAGACUUGCAACGUCCUCGUCGCCAUCGAGCAGCAGUCGCCCGACAUUGCACAAGGUCUCGACCACGGUGACCUCGAGAACCACGGUGCAGGUGAUCAGGGUAUCAUGUUCGGCUACGCGACCGACGAGACGCCUGAUCUCAUGCCCAUGACGCUCGCUUUCGCGCACGCACUCAACCGUAAGCUGGCAGAAGAGCGACGAACUGGCACUUGCAAGUGGCUUCGACCAGACACAAAGACCCAAGUCACAAUCGAAUAUCAAAAGGAAAAGGACGGUUCCGUGACGCCAAAGCGUGUAGACACCAUCGUCAUCUCCACACAACACGCAGAGGAGAUUUCGACCGAAGACCUGCGAUCCGAGGUGUACAAGAAGGUCAUCCAGGCCGUCAUUCCUGCCAACAUGCUUGACAGCAAGACCGUCUACCACAUCCAGCCAUCUGGCCGUUUCGUCAUUGGCGGUCCUCAAGGUGAUGCCGGUCUUACAGGCCGUAAGAUCAUCGUCGAUUCCUACGGCGGCUGGGGUGCUCACGGUGGUGGUGCAUUCUCCGGAAAGGAUUGGUCAAAGGUAGAUCGAUCAGGCGCAUACGCGGGUCGUUGGAUCGCCAAGUCAGUCAUCGCGGCCGGUCUAGCCAAACGUGUUCUCGUCCAACUCUCUUACGCCAUUGGCGUCGCUGAGCCGCUCUCCAUCUUUGUCGACACAUACGGUACCGGCAAGAAGAGCGAUGCCGAGAUUGUCAAGAUCAUCCAGGCCAACUUUGAUCUCCGACCGGGUGUGAUCGUCAAAGAGCUCGGCCUGCAAACUGUCAAGUAUGGCCCAACAGCCUGCUACGGUCAUUUCGGCAACCCCGCAUACCCAUGGGAGAAGCCAAGACAGCUCAAGCAAUAG